UCACAAAACGAAAAUUUCCGACGAUUCCCGACAGCGACUUACUUUCUGGGAAGACUUUAUACCAUGGGAAAGAUACGGCUCUGAAACUCUGAACAAGUUUUUACUGUUGUGAAUCAAUCCUAAAAUUAACGUCAUAAAUGUAUUUGUCAUAGAUCAGAAAAGAUAUACAACCUCAAAAAUAAAACAUUAAUGGUUAAAUUCCAAAAAUAGACAACUGUAUACAAUUUUUAAAAAUUCGGUACUUAUUUCUCACCGAUUCAAAAUAAUCAAGUGUUAAACUUUUAUUGAUAUUAAAUUUUUAUUAAUUUCAAUUAGUCACUAUAUUAUAGUAAUUUAAUGUAUUACGUAUAAAUAGCCGCUCUUUUUCUAUACCCUGUAAUAAAACGAACGGUUGUUCUACAAAAAUCCUAGUGAAAGUCUAAUGAAUUUUAAUUACACUUAAUUUCGAUUGGUCGAUCAUGGUUUAGAAAUUAAAAAAAGUCAUUGAAACUACUCGCAAAAUAAACUAUGGCAUCAAUAUUUUGUUUACAAAUAAACAUAUGGAUGUAAUCCAUGUCCAUGUCUAGAUGAUUCAUUAUGUUUUCAAAGAGCAUAGAAAUCUUUAAAAAAUAUAAAAUUAUUACAUGUUAAAACAAGAUUUCUGUAUGUUGGAGAAACAAAUGACGAUAUUUGGUCGAAUUCGGCCAACCAAUCUAAAUGGAAAAAUACUUGAAAUUUCAUUUUAUUUGAAAUUGUAUCAGCUGUCCUAUGACAACCAUUACUGGAAACUUGAAAAUUUAUGAAAAUUAAUUAAAUAUUUAUGGGAUAUGAAGCAUUAUAGUUAUUAUUUAGAAACAGAACUGCCAAUUAAAGACUGAAUCACAGAUGCAAAAAUUAAUUUACUUGAGUAGAAUCAAAAAUAAUAAUCAAUGGGAAACUGCUGGUCUUGUUUUAAAGCGCCACCUCAGUCGUCUAUCACUGAUCAGUCAAACGUACCUGACCUUAAAGAAGCCAGUUGGAACUCUUAUCUCAGACACUAUGGAGCUCAAGAGAUUGUUUCCACUAAAUUCUUGUACAAAAGAAUUGAUUUCGAAUGAGACUCAAACUAAUAGUAAUAAGAAAUCUCUUGUAUCUACUGUAUCGGUACCAAACAAUAUAGGUUCUGACAAUUGUGGGUCACUGCCGAUCAUUCAAAAUAAUUUACGAAUAUCACGAGCUUUUUAUGCAAGAUUUCCUCCUCUUUGUCGUUCAGUCACAACAAGUGUUACUACGUUUAGUGAUAAACAUCAAAAAGAAUCGAUAGAUGAAAAAUUGUCAGUGUUAUUUGACCAAUAUAAGGAUCCACACGAAGACAUAAUACUAGCUGAUGGAAUAGAAAGACUUUGCAACGAUCUUCAACUCUCACCCAAUGACUUUAAAGUUCUAAUUCUUGCGUGGAAACUUGAAGCUGAACAAAUGUGUCAAUUUACGCGUAAGGAGUUUUUUAACGGAUUAAAAUCAAUGCGAGUAGACAGUAUACGUGGUAUACAAUUACGGUUACCAGAAAUAGUUCAAGAACUCAUAAAUAAUGGUGAUAUGUUUAAAGACUUGUAUAGAUUUACAUUUCGUUUUGGUCUUGACGUGACUUCAGGUCAAAGGAUCCUCCCUGUAGAUAUGGCUGUUGUUCUAUGGAAAUUAGUUUUCACAAUUCGAGAACCGCCUUUACUCUCAAGGUGGUUAACUUUUUUGGAAUGUCAUCAUAUACGUGGAAUACCUAGGGAUACAUGGAAUAUGUUCCUUAAUUUUGUCGAAGUUAUUGGCAAUGAUCUGGGAGCAUAUGAUGAUGCCGAAGCAUGGCCAAGUUUGUUCGAUGAUUUUGUAGAGUAUGAAAAUGAUCAAGUGAAUCAAAAUAUUAUUAAAGACGAUUUCCGAAAGGGCUCAAUACAUGAUAAUAAUUGAUGGCGUUCGUUAAAACGUCAUUUUCACAAACAUUUCUAAAUUAUAUAUUUUUAAGACGAGUUGUACUAAAUCGUGGUUUGGAUUAUAUUCUGCAAAAUCAUAGUAUUUUUAAUGACAAAAAAAAACCGUUAGAGUAAUUUACACUAUUCUAUUAUGUCAAAUUAAAAUAAUCUUGAUGUUGCGCUUAUUAAACUUAACGUAUUAAUUGAAACCGCAGUCUAAUAUAAAUUUGGAUUGAUCGACAGUUUCAACAAUUUAAAACUAACUGAGUUUUUUUUAUAUUCUAUGUGCGCUUCCAGCAAAUUCAAGUUCUAGUUUUAUCAUUUUAAAUAAGUCCUCCAAGAAAUGCUUGUAUAUGACACAACUAUAAAAUAAAUGUUUUUAUUUUUUAAUUUUAUUGGGCAAAUUGUAAGCUUUAAUGAAUAAUUAAAUUGUAAAAUGGGAGUCAAAUCGACUCGAAUAAUAUUCAUGUUAA